ACACACUAUCCUGCCGCCCUGGGCAGAGAGCCAGUUCGUUUACAGCAAUGAAAGCCAGCAAUGUGUCGCUGCAAAACAUCAUCUGUCCAGCAGUAGGAGGGUCCAAAACGAAGAAAAAUGAGUCAAAAUAAGAAAUAAAUUCAAGAUCAACCGGAACCGUCUGAGCGUAUCUCCUGGGAAGAGUUAGAGUGUUACACUCCAUGUAAACACUUCCCCCAACAUGCGGUUGUGUGUCUGGUAUGAAAGUGGAGUUUAUCCUCGCUCUUGUAUGUUUCUAAGUUUAUUUUCCAAAAAUGUGAUGCUGUUAAGAAACCAGUUUACUGUAUAACCGCGACGCGAAAGGACCUUAAAAUUAGAGGCAGGGAAACCAAACGACAGCUACAGUUAGCCUCCCAGGUACCAGCGUAGGGAUCCAUGGAGGUGGAGGGCCGGGAUUUCCUCAACACCCCGCCGAUGAAAACGGUCCGGUUCGGGGGCAGUGUGGCGGAGACCAUGGAGAAACUGAGAAAGGGAGACAACAGCGAUUAUGAGCUCCUGAAACAUCAGCUGGCUGAUCCAGACAUAAAGGAUGCUCAGAUCAUCAACUGGCUGCAGGAGUUUCGGGGUUGUAUGACGCAGCUGACCAAGGACCAUGAACAGCUCAUUUACACAGUAUUGAGGCUUCCCUGGGUGGGCCGGAGCCCGGAUGUGGUGGACGAGUUUAUGGCCUUCCUCAGUAACCUGGUGUCGGCACAGACUGUGUAUUUAUGUGCCUGCCUCAAGAUGGUGGUGUCCCACUUUACUCCCCAGAGGGUGAACAUCUCGGAGGGAGGAGUUGACAUCUCUGAUUCAGAAGAUGAAGAUGACGAUCUCCACAGAAACUUUGAUCAGUGUCACCAGGCGCUGCAGCUCAUCAUCAGAUAUGUUCCCUCGACAAGUCGCUUUCUCAUGCCCAUUCUCCAUAACGGCUUCCCUUUCAUACAGAAAUCCUCCAGAACUCUGGAGUGUUACGUCCACAACCUGCUGAGGUUAACAGUCUACAUACCAUCCAUCCGUCGAGAUGUGCUGGAGCUGAUCAUUGGAAGGCUGCUCAAACUGGAUGUAAGCGCAUCGCGGACAGACAUCGAAGAGGCAGAGGAUGAUGUAGCCCAGAAGCACCCUGAGGAGGGACUCUUUGACAUGGAUGAGGACAUGUCUGCAGAUCAGCCAACCAGGGCCAAUGUGAUGGUCCAUCCAGAGGCUGAGAGGUUGGACACCCUCAUGGCCGUGCUCAUGGCUUACAUCAGAGACGUCUGCUGUGUUGAUGGUUCGUUUCAUGCUGAAAGGACUAAAGAGCUCUACAAAGAUUUGCUGAGUGUGUUUGACAAGCUCAUUCUACCCACACAUGCUUCCUGUCAUGUGCAGUACACACUGUUUUACCUCUGCAGCUUCAAACUGGCUCUGGCAGAGGCCUUCCUGGAUCACCUGUGGAAGAUCCUGCAGAACCCCUCUCAGCCCGCCAUCCUCCGUCAGACUGCGGCUGGAUAUCUGGGGAGCUUUCUUGCCCGAGCCAAGUUUGUCCCUGUGCUCACUGUCAGGGCCUGUCUGGAUCUGCUCCUCUCUUGGAUCCAUCGCUACAUUGACAGCCAGGACAACAGCUGCAAACAGGUGUGCUGUGACAUCAGCCUGCAUGGACCUUUCUAUGCUGCCUGUCAGGCUGUUUUCUACGUGCUCAUCUUCAGACACAGAGCCAUACUAGAGGCCAACAUGAAGAAAGGGUUAGAGUACCUACAGAGUCUGAACUUGGAGCGAGUAGUGAUGUGCCAGCUGAACCCUCUCAAAGUCUGUCUGCCUUCAGUCACCAACAUGUUUGCAGCUGUCACCAGGAAAUAUCAGGUGGUGUUCUGCUACACCAUCAUAGAGAAGAACAACAGGCAGGUGCUGCCAGUGGUCCGCAGCUCUGCAGGAGGAGAUGGGGUGACCACCAACACCAACCCUCUGGACAGCUUCUUCCCCUUUGACCCCUACCUUCUCAAACGGUCUGGUCAGCUGAUAGAACCACUGUAUCAGGUUUGGGAUGAACUAGCAGAAACUGAUCUGCUGCCAGCCAAAGUGGCCCAACAGGUCUUGAAGGAGGAUGAAGAUGACUUCUUGAGUGGGGAAACGCCACACGGUGAGGGUAUGCUUGGAAUGACACCCAGCUCGUAUGGUUCAAACAUCUGCAGCCCGAGCAGUGUGGAUUCACCCUCCAUGGCCCACCAUGGAGCUUUCAAGUUUUAAUCCCUAAUCAGAAACAUUCAUGUCCUGACAGAGCUAGCUGGUUUUCAUCAGAAGCUCUGCUUCUGCACCGUUUACCUUACUGACAGCAAAAGAUCCAUGAAUGGGAACCUGAACAGUGACUCCACCUCCAGAACUUUAUUUAUACAGCUUCUAACUAAAAUUGGCUUAGUGAUGCAGCCGGCCACGCAUGGACCUGAGCGGGUUGCUCUUUUUUUCUUGCUGCUGAAGAAGACUUUUGAUCAUGACCGUUAAAUAAAGACUCUUUAAUCAUGUUUAUGAAUAUUGAAGCUACAGUAGCAUGGAAAGAGCACCCUCCCUUCCUGGAGACGUAUAAUGCGUUUCAAAUAAAAAGUUAAAUAACCGGUA